GUCUGAACCACUCAAGAACUGAGCAGCAGAGGUAUCCCGGCUCCUCUCUUUCCUGGCUAUAGACAGGAUGUCUUUCCCUAGAGUAAUUGAGAACACAGAAGGGGAUGAUUAUGAGAACAUGGCUCCAACUGAAGAAGACCUUCCUCCUGAGCCAGGGACCAGGAAGUUUUCACGUCCAGGUAGCAGACUGGGAUGGCUAAGAGGUUCAAUAGUUCCCCCAAGACCUCCCCGAGCAGGGAAGAAAAUAAUGAAACCAGCACUUCCCAACAAGUCCCCACAAGCAGCAGGCUUGGGUCCUGCUGUUGUGAACUGUCCCACUCUUCCCCAGAUGGGCUUGCACCUGAAUUCCCCUGCCUAUCGACUAUCCCAAAUGGCUGCUCCUAAUCCCCAGCACGUGCAGGAGUUUCAGCCCAGGCAGGUACCCCAGCUCAUCCAGAUGCCCCAGCCCAGCCAAGUGAUCCAAUCCAAUCAAGGGUUCCAGUUCACUCAGGAACCUCAGCUCAGCCAAGGAUUCCAACUCACCCAGAUGCUUGAGUCCAGCCAGAAAAGAAAGAUCCUCCAGUUCAGUCGGAAGGAGAAAAUGAUAGUGUGUCUUUGUAUACUGGUGGGGAUAUCAUUGCUUCUGGGAGUGACAAGCCUUGCUGUGACCUUGAUGAAGUUGACUGGACCAAGGGAUCUGGCUGGACUAAGGAAGUACAUUGAUCAAAUCCAAGAUGACACCAACCGAACCAUAACUGAACUUCGAGAUAUAAUUGGUGAGAAAAGAUUGCUGAGACCAACUUAA